AUGCAUACGCCUCACAGCAGUGCUGCGGACAAUCUACCAAUGCCUAAGGAGUGGACAAACGAUACGUUUACCUCAUUGGCUCGCGCUGGCUGUGCCAAUGAGGUGGUGCUUGCACGCGGCGCACUGCGUGCACUUACACUCAGUCCCGGUUUUUACUCUCCUUUCUCACACUCACUUUGCUGGGUGUCUGGGUUCACGCUUUCUUUUCUCUACACUGAUCUUCUCCUCUUCUAUCAUUUUUUCCUGAGCAAGUGGGAGGGGGAGGGGGGGGGGUAA